UGUCAUUUUUUUUCUUUGGAUAAUAUAACCCACCGCGAAAAAUGGGGAGAAACCAAUAAUAAUGCAUUAUAUCUAUAUAUAGUCUAAAGUUAAGGAAAGGGGAAGAUGAAGAAGAAGAUAUACGCCGACCAUUGUUAACGUUCUGAGUCGACGACCUUUUGACCCGGGAGGGAAAGCAUUCUCAUCGAACCCUCCCCACCCCUUUGACUCUUCUUUUUUCUUUUGCUUUCUUUUGUUUUUCAAGGAUGAAGAGGCGUCAUCAAGAUCAACUCUCGAGACCUUCAAAGCCCACCACCAUUCAUGGGUUUGCUCAGUAUGGGGAUCUUGAUGCCCUCCGCAAGCUUCUCAACGACAACCCUUCUCUUCUCAACGAGAGAAACCCUGUCAUGGCGCAAACACCAUUACAUGUAUCCGCCGGAUAUGAUAGGGUUGAUAUAGUUAAAUUUUUGCUUGACUGGCAAGGACCCGAAAAAAUUGAGAUGGAGGCAAAGAAUAUGUACGGGGAAACUCCAUUGCAUAUGGCAGCCAAGAAUGGGUGUAAUGAAGCUGCACGGUUGCUCCUUGUUCACGGUGCUUUCAUUGAAGCCAAAGCUAAUAAUGGGAUGACACCGUUACACCUUGCUGUUUGGCACACAAUUCGAUCCGAUGACUAUGCAACUGUUAAGACACUACUCGAGUACAAUGCCGAUUGCAGUGCUGAGGACAAUGAGGGUAUGACUCCGAUAAAACAUCUUUCGAAGGGCCCCGGAAGUGAGAAGUUAAGUGAGUUGUUCCAUUGGCAUCUUGAAGAGCAGCGAAAGAGAAGAGCACUCGAAGCAUGUGGUGAAACAAAGGCUAAGAUGAGUGAACUUGAAAACGAACUGUUGAAUAUCGUGGGCUUAAAUGAGCUGAAAGUACAACUUCGGAAAUGGGCAAAGGGGAUGCUCUUGGAUGAAAGACGCAGGGCGCUUGGAUUGAAAGUUGGUGCUAGAAGACCACCUCAUAUGGCAUUCCUUGGCAAUCCCGGAACCGGUAAAACCAUGGUAGCUCGAAUUCUCGGGAAAUUACUUCAUAUGGUUGGAAUUCUACCUACAGACAAGGUAACAGAAGUGCAACGGACUGAUUUAGUCGGUGAAUUUGUCGGACAUACUGGGCCAAAAACGAGGAGAAAGAUCCAAGAAGCAGAGGGAGGAAUCCUUUUCGUUGAUGAAGCAUAUCGGUUAAUACCGAUGCAAAAGGCUGAUGACAAAGACUAUGGUUUGGAGGCCUUGGAAGAGAUAAUGUCAGUAAUGGACAGCGGAAAAAUUGUAGUCAUAUUCGCUGGGUAUAGUGAACCGAUGAAGCGUGUAAUUGCUUCUAAUGAAGGGUUCUGCAGAAGAGUAACAAAAUUUUUCCAUUUUAGUGACUUCAACUCAGAAGAACUCGCCAAGAUCCUCCAUAUCAAGAUGAACCACCAAACGGAAGAGAGUUUGUUAUACGGAUUCAAGUUGCAUAGUUCUUGCAGUGUAGAUGCAAUAGCAAGACUAAUAGAGAAAGAAACAACGGAAAAGCAGCGUAAGGAGAUGAAUGGAGGUUUAGUCGAUCCGAUGCUAGUUAAUGCUAGGGAGAACCUUGAUCUUAGGCUUGAUUUCAACUGUAUAAACGCAGACGAACUGCGUACCAUAACCUUAGAAGAUCUCGAAGCAGGCAUUCAGCUUUUAACACCAUAAAACAAGGGUUGAAUCUUGGCCUUACAAGCAUUUGUGUUUUAUCAUAUACAUUGGUGAAAGCUUGAUGGGGAUCUCAUCGAAUUGAAAAUUAGAUAUGUUUCGUUCAUUAUAUUCUUUUCCGAGUAUCGGUAUCGGUUAGUUUCGAGUACUGGUGAAAUCCCAGAAUCUGGUUGGUGAUUUAUAAAGUCAUACAUAUAUGUGUUUCUUCCCUUAAAAGGGCAUUCUUUUUUUAGGUCAUGUUAUAGGAGGGAGUAUUCAUUUGUAAAUCUCAUUUUCCAGCAUCUCUGGAUGAAUGCUUGAUUUUAUCUUCUUAAAGGAAUUCAUAUUCAUUGAGGUCA